ACUCCAGUGUUUGAAGGAGACAAAAGGAAGCCUUCCAUUUCUCUCUCUCUCUCUCUCUCUCUCUCUAAAAAUUCCAGUUCUUAGAUUCAUCCAUCCGAGCUCGAUUUCAGCUUCUUCAAGCUUAAAGCGUUCAAAGGACUAAAAGGAAUGGCCGCAAUGUUCUUCGCUUUUCACGUUCUCUCCAUGUGAUUUCUGACAUCUACUUUCUCUCGCUCAUCACCAUCCUUCAGCUGCCCGCAAUCAUUGUUCCGGUCUCCGUUUGGAUUUUUGUCGGGGAGCGAUGGCGGCGUCUACGUCAAGAGGACGGAGCAGCUCGCCGUUUCACCACCGGAAGCCGUCGAGUCCGUACUCGUCAUCUUCGUCUUCGUCGUCUCUGGCGAACGGUAGGAUCGUGCCUCGGUCGUGCUCGUCCUCGGCGACGUCGUUCUACGGCUCAGGUAAUGGGCACAAGUCCAGAUCCAGGACGCCAACGCGGAAUCGUGGUGAUUCGGGAUACUCGGGAGGUUACGGAAAUCACACGGAAGUUCAUUUUCCGUCCGCGGAUGAGCUGCUUGCCGAGCAGGUGGAUACGUCUAGAGCAGGUGACAGCAUAUCUGUGACGAUCAGGUUUCGGCCUAUGAAUGACCGGGAAUACCAUAGAGGGGAUGAAAACGCAUGGUAUGCAGAAGGUGAUAAAAUUGUAAGGAACGAGUAUCAUCCGGCCACCGCUUAUGCAUUCGAUAGAGUGUUUGGACCUGAUACACAUACUCAGGAGGUUUAUGAAGUAGCUGCUAGACCAGUGGUCAAGGCAGCAAUGGAAGGGAUAAACGGGACUGUAUUUGCUUAUGGUGUUACAAGUAGCGGAAAGACACAUACUAUGCAUGGAGAUCAUAGUUCACCUGGAAUAAUUCCACUUGCAAUAAAGGAUGUUUUCAGCAUUAUACAAGAUACUCCUGGCCGUGAAUUUUUGCUUCGAGUUUCAUAUAUCGAGAUAUAUAACGAGGUGAUCAACGACUUGCUUGAUCCUACUGGCCAGAAUUUGCGUGUUAGAGAAGAUGCUCAGGGUACUUACGUGGAGGGUAUAAAGGAGGAAGUUGUUUUGUCUCCGGGUCAUGUACUGUCAUUCAUUGCUGCUGGGGAAGAGCAUCGUCACGUCGGUUCAAAUAAUUUUAAUCUGUUUAGUAGCCGCAGUCACACAAUAUUUUCAUUAAUGAUUGAAAGUAGUGCCCAUGGAGAGGACUAUGAUGGAGUGAUAUUUUCACAACUUAAUUUAAUUGAUUUAGCUGGAUCAGAGAGCUCAAAAACAGAAACAACUGGAUUGAGGAGAAAGGAAGGAUCUUACAUAAACAAAAGUCUUCUGACUCUUGGAACUGUUAUUGGAAAGUUAAGCGAAGGGAAGGCAUCACAUAUUCCGUAUCGAGACUCAAAGCUUACCCGCCUCUUACAGUCGUCAUUGAGUGGGCAUGGACAUGUUUCUCUUAUAUGCACAAUUACUCCUGCCUCAAGCAAUAUGGAGGAAACACACAACACAUUAAAAUUUGCAAACAGGGCUAAGUGUGUUGAAAUAUAUGCCUCACGCAAUAAGAUUAUUGAUGAGAAAUCUUUGAUUAAGAAGUAUCAAAAAGAAAUCUCAUGUCUCAAACAAGAACUUGAUCAGUUCAGGAGGGGAAUGCUCGUGGGUGUGAGUCAUGAAGAAAUUAUGAGCUUAAGACAACAGUUGGAAGAAGGACAAGUGAAAAUGCAAUCAAGAUUGGAGGAGGAAGAGGAAGCCAAAGCUGCACUACUGAGUAGAAUCCAGAGGCUUACCAAGCUAAUACUUGUUUCUUCAAAGAAUUCAAUUCCUGGGUACUUGGGUGAUGGGUCCAGUGCUCAUCAACGAAGCCAUUCAGCUUCCGAAGAUGAUAAACUGGAUGUUCUGCGCGAGGGUUCUUUGCUCAUAGACCAUGAGAAUCAGAAUAACCCAUCAUCAGAAACUUCUGGUUUUAAUCACAGAAGAUCUUCCAGCAAAUGGAAUGAUGAUAGCUCACAAGCUGGCAGUACAAUUACUGAAUCAACGCAAGUUGGUGAACUUAUUAGUGUUUCAUCAUGUGGUCCAAAACUGCCCAUAGAAGGGAUAAGCAUGGCUGAUCAGAUCGAUCUUCUAGUUGAGCAAGUCAAGAUGCUUGCUGGAGAGAUUGCAUUUGGCAUGAGCACAUUAAAACGUGUAAAGGAGCAGUCUGCAAAUGAUCCUGAAAACUCGAAAAGUCAGAUUGAAACUCUUGAGCGCGAAAUUCAAGAGAAGCAAAUGCAAAUGAGGAUUUUAGAACAACGCAUUGUAGAAAGUGGUGAAGCAGCUAGUGGUAAUGCAUCAAUGGUUGAAAUGCAAAAGGCACUGCUGAAAUUGAUGACCCAAUGUAGUGAAAAGGGUUUUGAGCUUGAGAUAAAAUCCGCAGACAAUCGUAUCCUUCAAGAACAGUUGGAGAGCAAGUGUUUAGAGAACAAGGAAUUGAUGGAAAAAAUCAGUCAACUAGAGCAGCAGUUGGGUGCAUCAAAGACUGACAAGGUGUCCCCUUCUGAAAAAUGCUUUUCUGAUGAUUAUACAGAUGAACUGAGAAAGAUAAUUCAAACCCAGGAGAUUGAGAACGAGAGAUUAAAGUUAGAACGUGUUCAGAUUGUAGAGGAGAACAGUGGGUUGCGUGUACAAAAUCAGAAAUUGUCUGAAGAAUCAUCGUAUGCAAAGGAAUUGGCAUCUGCAGCUGCAGUUGAAUUGAAGAACUUAGCUGAAGAGGUCACCAAGCUAUCACUGCAUAAUGCGAAACUUGAAAAAGAAUUAUCAGCAACUUCUCGAGAGCUAUUGACUUCCAGGAGUUUCAAUAUGCAGUCGGGUAAUGGUGCAAACCGCAAGUAUGGGGACAGUGCAAGGACAGGUCGUAGAGGUCGCAUGAUUGGCCGAAUAAAUGAAGGUAGCCAUGAUGAACUUGACACAUGGGAGUUGGACAUUGAAGAUCUAAAGAGAGAAUUGCAGGCAAGGAAACAACGGGAGGCAUCCUUAGAGUCUGUAUUGGCUGAGAAGGAAAUUGUAGAAGGUGAGUAUAGGAAGAAGUUUGAUGAGGCAAAGAAAAGGGAGGCUGCCCUUGAAAAUGAUUUGGCUAAUAUGUGGGUACUAGUUGCACAACUUAAGAAAGAAAGUACUGCUGGACAAGAGGCAAAGACCACAGAUGUUCAAAAUGGGGUGGAUUGUUUAAAUCGGGCAAAAGUUAAUGAAGUUGAAUGCAAGAAUCUUAUCUCCAAGGAUACCCAAUCCGUUGACUAUAAAGCUCCACCUUCCGACAUCUCAAGGGAAGAGCCUCUUGUUGCUCGCUUGAAGGCAAGGAUGCAAGAGAUGAAGGAAAAGGAGCACAAGUAUACGGGGAAUGGGGAUGCAAAUUCGCAUGUGUGCAAAGUGUGCUUCGAAUCUCCUGCCGCUGCAAUGCUUCUUCCUUGCCGUCAUUUUUGCUUGUGCAAGUCGUGUUCCCUAGCUUGCGUCGAAUGUCCACUUUGUCGGACAAAGAUUGUCGAUAGGAUUUUUGCUUUUACCUAAAAGAGAGUUUCAUUGCAAGCCAUAUCUUAUUCAGAAAGAGAGAGAGAGAUUCUUCCAUAACAUUUAUGAGGUACAGCGCAAUUCUUUGAUUAUUAGUUGGCAACACUUGAACCUUUUGGGGGGGGGGGGGUGUAUACCGGUUUCUAUUUUCAUUUCUGUACUUCUCCACCACCCUUCAGCAACUGUAAAAAUAAGAAAUGUCUGUAAAUUUGGGACUGAACAAGAGUUGAGUUUUGCAUCUCAAACGUUUGCUCGUGUAAAUCUCUACAAUGUGUUCAACGAAAGAGCAAAUGUGAGUUUUUGUGAAUGGCUAUUCAUUCUUGCAAUGAGAACUGCUAAAUGCUAAAAAAAUUGGAGUAUUCCAACAUGAUAAGAUGAUUUCUCCUACUGAGUUCUCCAUUGUUGUCAAAUAAGGCCACAAGUUUCUGCUUCGUCUUCUUUAUGGCAUGUUAGAGAUUAUCAGCUAGCCAAGGCACAGUGACAGCAAGGAAGAGAAGAGCGCCCGAAGAGAGAAUGUCCACCGUGGCCACCAUCACCGGAAGAAGCAUUUCCCUCCCCCAAGUGGCAAAACCACCCAAGAGAGAGUCUUCUCUCUCAUCGCCCCGAAAAAGGGCAUUAUGGUCCCAGCAGACAAAGUUAUCGCGUUCCUCCCUUGUAUAUUGCAGAAAUCGCAGGAAAGAUCAGAAGAAGGUAAAAGAGCACACUACUCCUAAUGUUGAUGGCGUCGUCCUUUCCACACACGUUCAGGACUCUGGUUCAUUGCUUACCCCAGGGGGUUGCAAGGGGUGUGGCAAAGAAGUGGUGGAGAUAGGUUGCAAUGGAGAGGGAAGGAUUCAAGGAGGGAUAGCUACAAUCCCGGGAUUCGGUUGGUGGCCUAUAAAGGCAUACCGCCCUUGUCCUUCUUUCUUGGAUUCCGGUGGUAAGUAUAGGCGAAGGGGACAAAGCAUGGAUGAAAUAGCCUCUGGGACGGGAAAAACGAGGACAUGAUUAAACUCUUAUGCACGCCAGGUAAGCCUCUUUUGUCGCAUAUGCACGGGCUAACUUAUCAAGUUGGUUCUGAUCUGAUUCGAUUAAGCUAUUUCUGAUUGAUAUGAUUCCAAUAAGAAUAGGUAAAAAGUAAAAAGAAUAAGUUGAAGAGAACACGCUCUUAAAUUUGACACCAUAUAGGGCUCAUUGGGCUAUGAUGACGAAAAACCGAUUCUGACAAUUUUCAUCUCAGAAUUUAUUUCAUAUUUUGAAUGGAAAAAAAACCCGUUGCUUGUUGUGCUUUCUACAAUCUAGUUUUCAGAAGUGAUAAUUUUUUUGAUUCUCUAGAAUUCACUGAUUCUUGGAACACCUGAUUAAUGAGAGUCAAAUGAGACUUUGAGGGCAUUUCUUUAACAUUGCAAAUGGGCUGGAGAACAUGAGUAGAGAUCAACUCUGGAGAUUGGAUCCCUCUUAACAUGAAAGUGCGAAGACAUUGGAUUGUUCGUGCGAUUUUUGCUCCCAUUGUCGCCGAUUGCAACUAUGGACCAAACGUAAGGUGUUUUUGAUUCUUAAAUUCAAACGAAAAACAUAAUGUAUGAUGCCUAAUUUGGGGCUCCUUUGCUUUGGAUUCUAUCAAAGAACCAAUUCAGCAAAAAAAAAAAUCAAAUUUAUAGUUGUAAGCCAAUGAAAAGUUUUAUGCUCU